AUGGAGAUUGUGAUUGGUCUACUUGUUUCAUUAUUGUUUCUGUAUUGUGACAUCACCGGUAAGUUAGACUUCUGUUCCAGUACAAUGUUGUGAUACAGGUGUUUGGUAAAUUAGACUUCUGUUCCAGUAUAACGUUGUGAUACAGGUGUUUGGUAAGUUAGACUUCUGUUGUAGUACAACGUUGUGAUACAGGUGCUUGGUAAUGGGGGCAGCGACCUAAAUUAAGUUGAGUUUAUUAGUUCAGGUAUUUUUCAAUUUUGUUACCUUACAUUUUAUUUUAGUACUGUGAAUUUGAUUUCAAGUAUUUUAGAUAACUAACGUCUGACAGUGAAUGUUUGAAUUCUUUAGGAAUGUAUUCUCCCUCCAUUCCUUAAUUAAUUCCUAAAUUCCUUCCUAGAUGAAGGCUAAGGAAUGUGUGUGUGUGUGUGCAUGUUCUUCUUGUGUGUGUGUGUGUGUGUGUGUGUGUGUGUGUGUGUGUGUGUGUGUGUGUGGCUAUUUCUGGGUUAUGGAGUGUAACAUGUGGUUGAUUAACAUGCAGAUAGAUAAACAUUAGACAAUAUCAUUGUCCUGUUUCGUUUGAACAAUAAAAUCAACAAUAACAGAACAAUAAAGUUUUAACUUGACCUUGGUCUUCCAGAUGCUGAGUGCCUGGUGGUUAGUCCUGUCAGGCUGGUGGUGAAGUAUGGAGACCCAGCUUCAGCCAAAUGCACCUCCGAUCCGCCUCAGCAAAUGGGCUGGGAGGCGACCCAGGGAGGGGUGGGUCUAACAGACAAUGAGGAGAAGUUCCUAAACUGGAGCUACCAAAGGUAAGAGGGGCAGACACAGCUGAGACUUUUAAAACUUGUUAAAAAAUCCCACCUUUUUAACUUGAUUCUACUGUUAUUUAGCUUCAAUGGCCUUUAUUUUCAUUGAUUUAUUUUAAAUGCACUUUCAAUAUUUAUUUUGAUUUAACAGAGUGACUGACUGGAAUAUCAAACCUACGUGCUUCACAGAUGGAGGCAAGUGUCAGAAACACCUGGACAUCACAGUUUAUAGUGAGUGACGUCUCUCUCUUAUCUUCACUGGUGUUUCUGAAUGUAUACAGCAGUAUGGCACCGUUAAAUCACUGUGUGUGUGUCCAUUCCUCCACAGAGCUUCCAGACUUUGUGUCCAUCAGCUAUAGCAGUCACCCUGAUCCGAUGGUUGAGCAGCAUCAGAACCAGUUACAGUGUCUCUUCCAGAACAUCGCUCCUAUUGAGAGACUCAGGGUGAACUUCUACAAAGUCAAUACCGGUGGUGAACUGACAGAAUUAGGCACACAACAGAACUCCAAGGACAACAUCAAGACACCAGUGAAUGGGACCUAUACCCUGGACUUCACCCCUAGUAGAGAUGAUGAUGGGGCCCAGUUGUGGUGUUCAGCCAUGUUGGUUCUGGGACCAGAGGGACCCCAACCUCCUCCUGUAAUGGAAUCAGACCGCCUCAACAUCUCUGUGCACUGUGAGUCCAUCUGGUUCUCUGUCUCCACAUAUUUUGUACAACUGUUAGUUAGAUACCAGAUGAGUCAUGAUGUUGACUGAUGUUGUUUUCACUUCAUAUUCUCUCAUUAAUCAACUUGUUUCUCAUCUCUCCUCUCUCUCUCUCUCUCUCUCUCUCUCUCUCUCUCUCUCUCUCUCUCUCUCUCUCUCUCUCUCUCUCUCUCUCUCUCUCUCUCUCUCUCUCUCUCUCUCUCUCUCUCUCUCUCUCUCUCUCUUAGACAAGCCUCAGAUCACUAUGUGUCCUGGAUGUUUCUCCGUGAACAUCACAGAGGGCGACACCCUAUCAAUUAACUGUAGUGCAAAGGGUAACCCCGCCCCCUCAUACGAUUGGUUUCUACCCCAAGCUGCCCCCGCCCCCAACACCAUGGAAGACAGAUCCGUAGUGACCAUCACCAACAUGGUGAAGUCUUACUCUGGAGAGUACACCUGCAUCGCUAUCAACCCCCUGGGAAACAGCACCUGUACUGUUAACGUGGAGGUCACAGGUGAGAUGGAUGGAUUAUUGGUUGGAUGGAUGGAUGGUUGAUAGAUUCGUCGGUUUCAGUCGAGGUCGGUUGAUUGGUCGGGAAGGUCCAGUUAUGGAUAUAUGUGUUUGUUAUUCAACAAUAUAAUUCACACAUCGUAUAAUGAAUAGCGCUCCCCCUACCUGUGUAAUGAAUAGCGCUCCCCCUACCUGUGUAAUGAAUAGCGCUCCCCCUACCUGUGUAAUGAAUAGCGCUCCCCCUACCUGUGUAAUGAAUAGCGCUCCCCCUACCUGUGUAAUGAAUAGCGCUCCCCCUACCUGUGUAAUGAAUAGCGCUCCCCCUACCUGUGUAAUGAAUGGCGCUCCCCCUACCUGUGUAAUGAAUAGCGCUCCCCCUACCUGUGUAAUGAAUAGCGCUCCCCCUACCUGUGUAAUGAAUAGCGCUCCCCCUACCUGUGUAAUGAAUAGCGCUCCCCCUACCUGUGUAAUGAAUAGCGCUCCCCCUACCUGUGUAAUGAAUAGCGCUCCCCCUACCUGUGUAAUGAAUAGCGCUCCCCCUACCUGUGUAAUGAAUAGCGCUCCGCUUACCUGUGUAAUGAAUAGCGCUCCCCCUACCUGUGUAAUGAAUAGCGCUCCCCCUACCUGUGUAAUGAAUAGCGCUCCCCCUACCUGUGUAAUGAAUAGCGCUCCCCCCUACCUGUGUAAUGAAUGGCGCUCCCCCUACCUGUGUAAUGAAUAGCGCUCCCCCUACCUGUGUAAUGAAUAGCGCUCCCCCUACCUGUGUAAUGAAUAGCGCUCCCCCUACCUGUGUAAUGAAUAGCGCUCCCCCUACCUGUGUAAUGAAUAGCGCUCCCCCUACCUGUGUAAUGAAUGGCACUCCCCCUACCUGUGUAAUGAAUAGCGCUCCCCCUACCUGUGUAAUGAAUAGCGCUCCCACUACCUGUGUAAUGAAUGGCGCUCCCCCUACCUGUGUAAUGAAUACCGCUCCCCCUACCUGUGUAAUGAAUAGCGCUCCCCCUACCUGUGUAAUGAAUAGCGCUCCCCCUACCUGUGUAAUGAAUAGCGCUCCCCCUACCUGUGUAAUGAAUAGCGCUCCCCCUACCUGUGUGACCGUGAUCUCCUCGUAAUGAAAAGCUCAUCUCUGGAAUGGAGGAGGAGCAUCACAGCCUGGAAACACUAAGGCAGAAUAGAAGCCCCAUAGCUGAAACGUGAUAUGAGCUUUCACAUAAUCAUUGGUAUUGCUCAAUACAAGCAUUGGGAUUUUGACAUUGGAGGUGUGUCUCUGUUAUUUGUUAACUCGACACAGCCCAUUACUUGCACAAAGAUUUCAUUAUACGAUGUGUCAAUUCUAUAGUUGAAUUUUGAAUUAUUCCACCCCCCAUACUGCUUACAUAGAGCAGGGCUCUCCAACCCUGCUCAUGGAGAGCCUGCCUCCUGUAGGUUUUCACUCCAACCCCAGUUGUAACUAACCUGAUUCAUCUUAUCAACUAGAGAAUUAUUAGAAUGAGGUGCACUAGAUUAGGGUUGGAGCGAAAACCUACAGGAGGGUAGCUCUCCAGGAACAGGGUUGGAGCGAAAACCUACAGGAGGGUAGCUCUCCAGGAAAAGGGUUGGAGUGAAAACCUACAGGAGGGUAGCUCUCCAGGAAAAGGGUUGGAGUGAAAACCUACAGGAGGGUAGCUCUCCAGGAACAGGGUUGGAGUGAAAACCUACAGGAUGGUAGCUCUCCAGGAACAGAGUUGGAGAGACCUAGAGGGAAAAUAGAGAAGGUCCUGUUAACCCAGAGUUCUGUUCAGUAGACAUGAAACAGAAAAAAAAACAGGGAGGUACUAUCUGAACUUGUUCAAAAUGAUAGGUAGGUAGAUUGGUUGAUUGAUUGGUUGAUUGAUUGGUUGAUUGGUUGAUGUAUUUGCCCUCCUGCCUCUACGCUCUCCUCCUCCAACCUCUCAUCCUCCUCCCAGAUUUGCUCAUUCACACUGAUGUAGCCUCUGAAAUGGCCCGCAGAUGCAAUGCUCAUUUCCUCUCUCUGUUCCUUUCAACUUUGGGGUGGUUGUCUUGGUAACGGUAUGUAAUGUGUAACAACAUUUUAGUGUAAAGCAAAUCGGAUCUGAGCGUCCUUACAUAUGGAGGAUGGGAAUUGUAUCAGGAUUGAGAUCCACAUAUGAAUGAACUCAUGUCGUUUUUUGCUGUUUACACAUUGGGGGAAAAGAUCAGAUAUGUAUCAGACAUGCUAAAUAAUUGGCAAAAUAUCAGAAUUGGGCUGCCUGUGUAAACACAGCCUAAACGUCUGUUUCCCUCCUCAGGAGCUUCCUGUCAGGCUGCUGGAAGUGCCAUGGUGACCGUGCUGCUCCUCCAGCUCAUUCAUUGGCUGUAAGACCACUUCCUGAACCCACUGAUUGGCUGAAUAGAUGUGCUUUUUUUUCCCCCACUGUGAGUGGGGACUUUCUGUCCACUUUCUGCUAACUAUUGAUUAAUUAUUUUAUUGAUUUAUUGGUUGAUUGAUUGAUAACCAUGCCUACAAUACUUUGAUAAUAUUACCUUGUAGCUUUAUGAUUUGUCCUUAUACA